AUGAAGUCGGCCAAGCCUUCGUCCUCGGACGCUCCGGCGCAACGCAGAUCUCAACCAGUUCGACAGACGCGCACGAACCCGCCGCGAAAUUCCGCCAAUCCUGCCCGCUCUGCCGCCGCCGGGAGAGACUCGUCUACCAACACUGGGCCUUCGGGCAACCAGCCCAUCGACGUCUUCCCCGCCAUUACUCACUUUGCCGACACAAUCACUGCUCUCCCCAAAGAGCUUGUCCGACACUUUACCCUCUUGAAAGAAGUAGACGCGAAGCUUUUCGCUCCAGAGGACCAGCUCUGCAAACUCGUCGCCGCCGCCGCCAAAGCUCACCCUCCCGAGCAGCGAACGAAUCAUGAUACACCGAACCUCACUGCGUCAGGGACGGCGCCGAUGGUCGCGCAGAAGAGCUCGGCGGGCCCUGCCACGAGCCAGGUCGCCCAGUCGGCGUCGUCGACGGACGAGACCCGCGCAACCGCCGCCGGUGUCUUCGAUCCUUCCAACCUCCCUCGCCGACAGUUGUUUCGACAGACGGCGUUCAAAAUACAAGAGAUGCUGGUUUCUCUCGAGGAAAAGAACCAUGUGAUUUCCACGGCCAACGAGGCCCUCCAGCGACAACUCGCCCGAGUCGAGGAUGUCUGGCCAUACCUUGAAAACGAAUUCAGCGACGAGGCCAAGUGGGGGAGCACCUCGCACUGGGCUUAUCCCGAGAAUCGAUCUAACGGCAAAGCAUCGCACACCGAACGAGCCCGCCGCGACGGAGCCGCUGCCAUUUCAGCCGCGGCCCAAGCCCUAGCGGAUGAGGCGGCUGCCAGGAGCGACGCCCGCAAGCAGGCCGUCCAGGCCAAGCGAAAUCAGAAGAACCAACAUCACGACUCCGAAGCCGACGACCACGAUGGUCGUCAAAAGGGCGAGGGCAGUAAGAAGUCUCACAACAGCAAGGCCCGCAAGACCGCCGACGGCAAUGUCGGGCUGGGCAUUUCCGGAACAUCCAACACGAACGGCAAUCCGCCUCAGAAGAGACGUAAAGUCGAAAAACCUACAAAUGGUGCCAACGGGGGAGCUGCCAUGGAACGUGCCAUGAGCGGCGUCCUCGGCAACAAUGCGCCCAAGGCCAAGACGAAUAGCCCAAGAGGAACGCCAGUCCCCGAUGGACCAAAGAAGCGAAAGGCCCUCCCUUCGGGCAGUGGCCAGUCCAAGAAGAAGAACGGUGCCCCUCGCAUAUCCCCCCCGUUCACGUCCUCUCCCGUCAUGAAUGCUUUGCCCGAGCCCAAGGCCCAUGUCCGCGUAUCACCAGUCCCCGGCAACGCACCUCGACCGGCGUCAUCACGAGCUCGGAAAAAUUCACUACAGUCUAAUGCAGACAAUGGAAAGGUAAAAGCGCCUGCAUCAGCCCCCAUCAAGCCUAACGGGAUUGACCCUGCCACUCCUGACUUGACUGUGCCGAGUGUUUUCCCACGACCUGGGGUGGAAAACAGGGUCUCCAAGGAAUCAAGUGCUCCUGCCAAGCCGGAGUCUACCAAGAACGAAGGGGAUCGGGCCGAUGGCAGCUCUGGGUCGGCCACGGGCACUGCCAGUAAGGAGGGGAAGGCUGAUGAGCCGGAACGCAAGAGUGAAUCCCUGCCACCGCAGCCCCAGGUCGCCGGGACAGUGACAACCAAGAGCGGUAGAGCCAGUAAGCCCUCGACGCCUGCUCUGGCGAAUGCUCAGGAGCCGGCCCGGCCCAGGUCGUCUAGGAACGCAGAUAACGGCGGCGGGAGCAAGAAGAGCCAGAAAAAGAGCAACCCGACGCUUCCACCACUGGCACCCCAUGCAGCCAACGUUGCUGCAAACGGGAGUAUACCGGGAGAUGACGAGGAAGGCGAAAUCGACGUGGACGAGCCAACGUACUGUUACUGCAAUAGCGUCAGCUACGGCGAAAUGGUGGCGUGCGACGCCGAUGGAUGUGAGCGCGAGUGGUUCCAUCUUGCGUGCGUCGGCCUCAAGGUCGCUCCGGGAUCUAGAACGAAAUGGUAUUGCGAGGACUGCAAGGAACGCCUGAACAUGGCAGGGAAGAAGAUGAACAAUCGAUAG